AUGCUUGCCCGUCUUAAAAAUAUAUUCGCCCGCUCUACCAGUCCGUCCGUGCUCCUUGUUAUCGGCAAGUUCGGUGCCACAAUCCAUGUUCUUCAUCUCCUACCCGAGAACGGCACCAUCGAACGCUUCAGCCUCACAACCCCAUCUUCCACUAACACCUUCCGCCACCGCGGAGCCAGAGAGCAGGCACGCGAGCAGAUCGGCACAGUCACACUUCACGUUGGAGACGGCGAGACUGCCAACAGCUUCCUCGACGACGUUGAGACACGAAUCCAUAAGCUGUGGAAUGAUUCCUUGAGCUCGAGCCCGGCGCAGCUGCAGACAGGCAGUGUUGAGGUGACUCGGCUAGUGCAGGACGUCCUUCAGCCCGCGGCACUCGAUGCGGUUCAUGAAAGAGACGAGCGAGAUCGCUCUAUGCGCGCGACGCAGACGUACCCUGUUUUUGUUGUUUACAUCAUACGCUCGAGCGCAGAGAGGAGCCUGACUGAGCUGACAAGCUUUCCUUAA